AUCGUCUCUCUCCCUCUCAUCGCCCCACUCUGCCUUUUUUAAUAAAAUAACACACCUCUUCACAGACAACCAUGUUUAUCAUCUUCUCCCUCUCUCCCCCUCUCUUUCUCUCUCUCUGAGCUUCGUUACAUCAAUUAGAUCGAAGCGAGAAGGAUCGAAUAGAGGACUCGAGAAGAUACGUCGACAUGGGGAGAGCUCCUUGCUGCGACAAGGCCAACGUGAAGAAAGGUCCCUGGUCACCUGAGGAGGACGCCAAGCUCAAGUCUUACAUUGAGAAGCAUGGAACUGGCGGUAACUGGAUUGCUUUGCCCCAAAAGAUAGGCCUUAAGAGAUGUGGGAAGAGCUGCCGCCUCCGAUGGUUGAACUAUCUCCGCCCGAACAUCAAGCACGGGGGCUUCUCUGAAGAAGAAGAAAACUUGAUUUGUAGCCUCUACAUAAGUAUUGGAAGCAGGUGGUCUAUAAUUGCAGCACAAUUACCAGGAAGAACAGAUAACGACAUAAAGAACUAUUGGAACACAAGGCUGAAGAAGAAGCUUCUGGGCAAGCAAAGAAAAGACCCCAAUGCAAGAAGAGGAAGUGGAAGCUUGAAGCAAGAAUUGAAGAGAGGAAUAUCACUUGGAAAAAGUAAUACUAAUUCCAUGGACUAUUCUUUCACCUGCAACAACAACACUCAAAUCACUCCAUAUUGGCCACAACUUCCUUCUACACCAAUGCAAUACACAAUCCACGAAGCCGCAACAGCAACAACUGCUCUUAAUGAUCAUGCAUCGAUCCGGAAGCUGCUCAUCAAGCUCGGAGGGAAGUUUUCUGACAACAACAAUUAUCUCCCUGUCAAUUAUGAUUCCGCAAGCUAUCAGUUCUCGAGUGAGGGCUCGACGCCAUCUUCAUCAUCUCACAACCCUUACGAUCCAUCGCUCAUUGGAAACAUUGACCCCAACUCAGUACACGGUUCUCAAUUUGUCCAUAGCCAGUACAACUUGGUUGCAGGAGGCAAUUUGCAGAUGCCGCAAGGGCAAGGGGGUAAUUUCCCGGCCAAUCUCGGGGAGUUAAUGGAAACCAGCCACCUGAACAACACAUCAAAGCUCGAGGGGUUGGAGUUUUUGCUAGGGGAAGAGCUGAUGAUGAUGACGGGGAAUAAUAAUGACGGUAUUGCUUGUGGAGGUAGUGGCUUCAUUAAUGGGUGGGAUGAUAUGAGCUCUCUGGUUUAUCCUUCUCCGAUCACUUCCACUCCAAUCUGUGAAGCUGCUCAUCAACAAGGUUUGGCUCAAGAAUGUAUUCCCAUUCAUGAGUCGAGUUGUGUCAGGGCAUGAUCUGUGACCCCAUGUGGCGAGUGAGUUUAAUUAUUAUGUGUGCUCGUUGAUUACUUAUUUGCACAUUGCUUGUCGUCUUAAAUGCUAAGACAUCGCGAAAUCCAUUGUGCUUAAUGAUUUUGCGUGUAUGGUGAUCAGAAUUAGAGGCUUGUUAGCGACAAGAAGAUGGUAAUGGUGUUUGCAGGAACCCUAAUUAAUGAAAUGAACAUAUCCCAGUGAAA